UGUCGUGUGACUGGCGCGUGAGUGAGUGAGGGAGGCGGAGACAGGAAAGUAGAAGAAUCAGAGAACACUGGGAGAAAACUGGAGUCAGUCUGGACUGGGAGUUUGUGUGAACACCCGGUGUAUGCCGAUUGAUGCGAAUUAAAAACUUCCGGUGCUGCGUUGGCAACGAACGGGAAAACGGCUGCGGGCCUCAGGCGGUCAUUGACCCAGUUGUUUUUAUUUAGAAACUUCAAAUGAAAUCAAAUCCAGAUCCACUAGUCACUCUGUUUAUCAUAACCUAAUUAUCUCAGGAUUAUGAACAUUGAAGGAGAAAGCACCAUUCACAUCGAGGAGAAAAAUGUACCAUCUGAAUGUGGAAGAGUCUGUGAAGAUUCAUCUGAAAUGUCCAAACGUCAGCACAGUCACACUGGGGAGAGACUGUGGAUAUGUGGUGAUUGUGGAAAGGAAUUAUUUUCCCCAUCCAAGCUGGAAAUUCACCAAUGCAGUGACACCGGGGAGAAGCCGUUCACUUGUUCUGAUUGUGGGAUGAGAUUCACUCAGGCAUCCAGCCUGCUGAAACAUGAGAGAGUUCACACUGGAGAGAGACCAUUCACCUGCUCCAAAUGGGGGAACGCAUUCACUCCGUCAUCCAACCUGCUGAGACCCCAGCGAGUUCACACUGGGGAGAGACCAUUCACAUGUUCCGAAUGUGGAAAAGGAUUCAUGCGGUCAUCCAGUCUGCAGAUACACCAGCGAGUUCACACUGGAGAGAGACCAUUCACCUGCUCCGAUUGUGGGAAAGGAUUCACUUGGUCAGCCAGCCUGCAGAUGCACCAGCGGGUUCACACUGGAGAGAGACCAUUCACCUGCUCCGAUUGUGGAAAGGGAUUCACUCGCUCAUCCAUCCUGCAGAUACACCAGCGAGGUCACACUGGGGAGAGACCAUUCACCUGCUCUGAUUGUGGAAAGGCGUUCUAUUCAUCAUCCAGCCUACAGAUACACCAGCGUGUUCACACUGGAGAGAGACCAUUCACCUGCUCUGAUUGUGGAAAGGGAUUCACUUCGUCUUCCAACCUCCAGAUACACCAGCGAAUUCACACUGGGGAGAGACCAUUCACCUGCUCAAUGUGUGGGAAAGGAUUCACUCAGUCAUCUAAACUUCUGGAACACCAGGGAAUUCACACUGGAGAGAGACCAUUCAAUUGCUCCCAGUGUGGGAAAGGAUUCACUUCCUCAUCCAGCCUGCUGAAACACCAGCGAAUUCACACCGGGGAGAGACCAUUCACCUGUUCUGAUUGUGGAAAAGGAUUCAUUUGCUCAUCUAAACUAUUGCAACACCAGCGAGUUCACACUGGGGCGAGACCAUUCACUUGUUCUGAAUGUGGAAAAGGAUUCACUUCAUCAUCCAACCUGCUGGAACACCAGCGAAUUCACACAGGGGAGAGACCAUUCACCUGCUCUGAUUGUGGGAAGGGAUUUACCAAGUCAUCCCAUCUGCGGAGACACCAGCGAGUUCACACUCGGGAGAAACCUUCACUCAGUCUAGUCACCUGCUGAUACACCAGCCUGUUCACUCUGUGGCAAGACUAUUGACUUGUUCCAUAUGUGAGAAGGGAUUCAUUCUGUCAUCCAAAUUGUUAACACACCAGUGAAAUGACACUGGUUGGAUCCCGUUCACUUGCUGUGUUUGUGGAAAAGGCUUUGCUGUUUGCUAAUAUACCAGCAAAUUCACAAAGAGCCACAGUGAUGGGUUUUGCAUUUACUCACACCAAGGAAUGAGCCUUUAUCUCUGGAAUGUUAGUAAAGCUGUUAUCAAAUUAAGCUCUUUUGAAAGGUACUGAUGUUAUAGAUAAAAUGUUGAUAAAAAUGUUUUCAAAAUGAUCACAAUGUCAUUGUACAUCAACGCAUUUACAGUGGGUAAAGACUGUCCACCUACAUAUUGUUUGUAAAGUUAUUUUGUGGUUCAUAUGGAGUAGUUAAACAACAAUGAGCUACCCGUAACUGUCGGUGUUGGAUUUUGAUGCUAUUGUUAUCUAUAUUCAAAUCUUGGCUUCUGUACCUGUUUCUGAUGAUAUUUGUAAAUACUUCGGUUCAAUGACCUAUCUGGAAUAAAGAUAAUCCAAAUCA